CUAGCGUUUGCUUAAUCCGCUUAUCACGUCAUACGUGGGUUAAGGGUUUAGGGUUCUUACUUCUUACUUCUUUUAAUAUAUUUUGUCCAGCGAGACGACCUAUUAAAUUUCGAACGCGUUAAACAACAAAAGAAAUAAAGCAUUUCUUUUCUUUCUUGUAAAACCAAACAUCGUCUAGUUUCAUUUGUAAAAUCUCCCCCUCCCUACAAAAAAAAAAAAAAAAUGGGCACCGUCAAGAACAAAAGUUUCAAAUGGGCACUAGACUUCACCAGAAACAAACACGAAAAGAUCUACGACAAUAUCAGUCCGCCCGGAUACAGUCAGGCUGCCGGUCAAAAUGGCACCGAACUAUCCAAAGACAGCGAAUCGAAUAGACUGAUUAUAAAAAAGUCCUGGGAUCUUGCUUUAGGUCCACUUAAACAAGUUCCAAUGAACUUGUUCAUCAUGUACAUGGCGGGAAACUCCAUAUCAAUAUUCCCGAUUAUGAUGGUUGGGAUGCUCAUCGUAAGACCAGUCAAAGCCUUGUUUACACUACAAGCGACGUUCAAAACUAUCGAAGGUAUGCAAGCGUGGGGACAGAAAAUUAUAUUUUUCAUCGGAAACAUAAUCAACAUUGUGUUAGCGUUGUACAAGUGUCAGUCGAUGGGUUUGUUACCUACUCACGCGUCGGACUGGCUAGCUUUUAUCGAUCCGCCGACGAGAAUGGAAUACUCGGGCGGCGGUUUCGCUUUCAGUUAGGUAUAUAAUUUGUAACUUUGUAUAGCCGUUGCGUAACGGCCGCACGACAAGAAUUUAAAACGCUUUGUGUGGAUAUUGUGAUUUUAUAUUUGGUUCUUAGGGAUUAGGUAUUUUAGAAAUUUUACAUUUGUUUAAUUUUGUUUGAUAGUAUCCCUCCCCCCAUUCCCCUCUUAAUUCCCAAAUAAUAGUAUUUAGCUUGUAUUCUUUUUUUGCUUCUCUUGAAAUUUAUAACGCCCAAAGAUUUACGUUAUACUAUAAUAUUAUCUAAGAUGGCAGGUAUCAAUAUAUAUUAUAUAAAAAAAACAUCUACGUAGAACCUUUUCUCGUUCUAUUUA